AUGAUGAAAUGUUAUCAUAGAAACCAUGAAAAUGAUGCUGAUAUAUUUUGUAUAAAUGAGAAUUGCAAAGAAUUUCGAAUAUUUUGUUUUGAAUGUUAAAAAAAUGGUAUGCAUUAUGGUCACCCUGAAAGUUAUAAAAAAAUAAAAGAAGUGAUUUAAGAAUUAGUUAGUUUAUAAAAUAAUUAAAGAGAAAUUAUUGAUUAUUUGUAAAGUGUAAAGGACAAGAUAAAUAGUGAGUUUGAUAACUUAAUUUAAGGAUUAAGAUCAUAAUAAUUGAUAGAUUGGGAGAAUAUAAAAAAUCUGAAUGGUGAAGAAUGGAAUAAAAUAAUAUGUAAUCUUCUAAAAUAUAGAAAUAACAAGGAAAAAAAACUAUUAAGAAAUAUUUUGAGUAAUAACGCAACAUAUUUAAUAGAACAAUUGAAUAAUUAUCAUAAAGAAAUAUUUGUAGAGUUUGUUCCUAAUUUGGAGAGUAAAAGUUUGUAAAUUAUAGAUGAGGUUGAUAAUAAGAAUUUUAGUUAUGAAAUAAUGAAAGAAAGUAGUUUCAUAGAUAGUAAGUGUUACUCUUUUACUUUUAAUAAUAAGUAAUCAUAAAUGAUGGUUGGUUAUAGUAAUAGCAAAAUAAAAGUAUUUAAUUUUGAGAAUGGGUAAACAAGUUUAUUUUAAGAAUUGCAUGAUCAUGAAAAUAGUGUCUUUUGUUUGGAAUUUAUGAGAAAAUCAAAUAAAUUAGUUUCUGGAAGUGCUGAUGAAUCUAUUUGUAUAUGGGAAUAAAAUAAUGAUUUGAGAUGGUAACUUUAACAAUAAUUAAAUGGAAACUCAUAAUCUAUAAUUUGUUUGGCAAUAAAUGUUAAUGAGAAUGAAAUAAUAUGUGGUGGUUACAAUUCAUAAAUAAAACGUUGGAGAUAGUAAAGAAGUGUAUGGUAAUGCAUAUAAACAUUGAAAAUCAAUAAGGGUUCUAUAAAGAGUAUUGCUUAUAAUAAUUCAGAGAGUCAUUUAAUAUUUUGUAACAAUUUAAAAUAAAUAUUUGUUUGCUAAUAAUAAUAAGAUGAAUGGGAAAUAAAUAAAGAAAUAAAUGUUGAUGAUAGUGGAUAUAGAUUAAGUUUUAUAGAUGAGAAAACAUUUGCGUUUUAAAGAUAUUGUUAAGAAAUGUUAGAUAUAUAUGAUUUGGAUGGUAGAUAAGUAUAAUUAGUGGAAGUUGAUAAUGGAAAGAGUCGUAAUUGUAAUGAUUGGUUUCCAUAACGUUUUAUUAGAGAGAAAUGUAUUUUAGUAAAUAAAAAUGGAUCUUGUAUAAAUUUCAUAAAGGUAGAGAAAGAUGGAAAACUAGAAAUGAAAUUUAAUAUAGAAUUUUAGAGUCAUGAUAUCUGGGGAACAAUAACUUAUGAUGGAGAAUACCUUAUUACAUGGGAUGGAGACUCAAAGUAAAUAUAAAUUAGAAAAUAUGUUAUAAAAUGA